AUGGUCUCUAAGACAACGAUAUGUGCUAAUAUAGAUAAGAGUGAAGAUAUAAGGCUUAAAUGUUUAGGACAAAACGAUGUGCUUAACACAAUAUACCAAAAGGCGGUUCAAAUGGAAAUGGCUGUCCUUCCCAUCGCCAGACCUACUCUCGACUCUGACCAUACAUUUAGCGAAUUAGAAGGCAAUCGAUUCACGGAAUUACUAUUUGCCACGAAAUGCAUGAAAAAUGAAUUGAAAACUAUGUACACAUCGGAGGUGUUCUCAGUCGACGACUAUUUCGUGACAUUAGACCAGAAGUGCGAACAAGAAGUGCGCAAAUUAAUCAAAUCAUAUAAAUCGUUGAUAUGUUUCAACGAGAUAUGUGAGCAGGAUCGUAAUAAGCUCAUCAAAACACAAAGCGUUCAGAUUUAUAAACUCAGAUCAGUUGCAUAUUUUGAUGAAUUCAAUGAGUGUUGGAAUGUUGAGCUGGUACAUUGA